UCAUCAAAACAAAGCAUUGUCUGAAAACUUGCAUUUUAUCCCGGCAAUUUGUGGGGAGUGCAUCUUCUCUGAGUGCUCUGCAUUUUAGUGUAUUAUUUUCAGUGCGAUAGAAGAACUGGUUUAGCAGCCAGAGAUAGGAAGUUGCUGGACAAUCAGCAAGUAUGUCGUCAAAGGGAAAGUUUACCGCGGACGAGCUGCUUGGAGAAUCUUGGGUAGAGCUGAAUCCUGUAUCAGCUGACAGAAUAACACCUUUACCUUUUAGCAGUGGCGGUGAAGAAUACUUGCGCCUCUUAAGGGAAGCUCAACGUGACUCGACCCAUUCAUCCGCUAGACAUUCCUUGGCCUCUUCACGACGAGAUACUCCACGUGAUAGUCCUAAAAGUCCUCCUAACAGUCCAAACACAGAAUUAUCGACGGAGGAUGACUUAAAAGGGGUGUACAUCAACUACAGUUGCAAUAAGGAUGGAGAAUUGCAGGAAAAAAAUAAUGAGUGGAUAUAUGAGUGGAGUUCCAGACCAGAUCAAAUGCCACCAAAAGACUGGAAAUUCAAACAUCCCCUGAGUAUCACAAAAAGAAAAAUGUACAAUAUAAGAACAGUAAAAGUUGGAAAACAAGGAUUAUUUUCCAAGGAAGUUUUAUAUACACUUUUCCUCACAAACUUUUUGUCUCUUCUAAUUGGAACCGGUGUUGGAGUUUGGUUGACUAGGCGAGGACUAAUGAUGGCCCGGGUUUCAAUUGAUUGAGCUGCCGAUUAAAUUGCAAGACGAAUUGUGAUCAACACGAGAAAACUGAUCGCAACAAGCUGGCUACGGGACGCAAGAAAGACUGAUAUUGGAAGGCUUAAAAAAGCACACUAUUCUCAAUAUUUGAUAAAUUUUUCUUACCUUCUACUUUACAGUCAUUGUACUUCUAAAAUUCACAUUUCAUAAAAAAACGCGCCUUCUUAAGUGUUACAAGAAAGGCAUUCUUCAAAAAUAUAUAUUAAAAAGAAAGGAGCUCUUAGACUGUAUUUGAUAAUGAUAACUUGUCCAUUUUAUACUGUUUCUAUCUGCGAUAGUUGUUAGAAUAGCUUGGAUAUUAUUUAUCUCUAACUUACCUAAUAGGUAGAGAGAAAGAGAAAGAGUAAUUGAGUAAAAGAAAGAAAAUGCAGAAGAGAGAAUAAGGUUUAGUGCAGAUUAUUCGUAAAGCGAUUUUUUUAAUAAUAUUUAAAUUCGCUUUACAUAAUCAACUAAUUAACUGUUAGCUUUUAAUAUAAUGAAAAAUAUCUAAAAGCAUAAUCUACGCAUAAUUAAAAUAUACCUUUUUCUCUAUGUCAUCUUUGAAUGAAACUGUGAACAGUCGCUUCAAAUUAUAAAUUAUCCAUUUUAUUUCCUCAAAAAGAAAAUUUUAUAGGAAUAACGAUUUUCACAAAUUUAUUAUCGAUUUUGAAUUUUUUUUUAUGUAAAAGAAUAAUGUUCAUAAAUCCUCAUCAUUGUAAAAUUUCUUCUCUAUGAGGAUGCAAUAACUUUUAUUUAAAUAAUUAAUAAAUUUAAUUAAUUUAUUUAUGUUUCUGAUUUAUGUAUAUACACAUUUAUGUAUAUACAUAAAAUAAUUACAACAAUAACAAAUUUAAUUAAGUCAAAUGUUGAAAAAAAUUAAGUUUAUCGUUGACUGUUACUGAUGAAAAGUUAUAAAAGAAUAUUUUUUCUCUAAGAGAAUUUUUUGGAAUCGACUGUUUAGAAAUGUUAAAUGUAAUUUUCUUUUGUAACAAAGUAGUUUUUAAUGUUUCGUAUAAAAUACCUAUGUCAAAUACAUAUUCUUCGUUAGAUUAGGAACUUGUAAUAAAAAAUGAUGGACUAAUUGUAAUGAUGUGUAAUGUUUCUUCGCAGAAACAUAAAUCUACUUUCUCUUCACUAUCAUUAUCGGCACAAUUUUAGAGGGUGCAAAUAAAUUUUUUAUAAUAAGUGCUUUUAUGACUUGAAAAGCGCUUAUUAAAUUUUUUUCUUAUUUUAUUGAAAAACUUCAAUUUAUUGAUGUUGUGCGGAAAUAUUGUAAUUGUAUUAAUGAUUGAUUGACUUUGUAAUUAUAAUUAAAAAGAGUUUAUUCAAAUGAAAGUUUAUCAGAGGAUUUUAGAGACUAGUAUAUAUAAAAUAAUCUAUUGUGAUUAAACACAGUACUAGUCGAGUUUGGCAAACAUUUAUUGUAAAAAAAGAAAGUAACGUUAUAAACGAAAGAUAAAUUAAAAACGUUUUAUUCAAAUUUAUUAAUUUUAGCGCCUUGGUUUCAGUGCACAAAACAUAUAUUUUUAUUUAUUUCUCUGUGCCGAUUCCUUUACAACAUAUGAAUAUUUGUUUCAAAAAAUAUUCAAUAUAUUUUAUGCGAUGCUUUUAAUUUUAUGGAACUGAAAAUUUUAUCCAUAGAAACUACAAAAACAUCGUUAAUAAUUAUAUUUGUUCUUUUAUUAAUUAGUUCUUCCGUUAUUAAACAACGGUGUUAAGGUAUUUAUGUGUAUAGGUAUGUCAAAUUUUUAUCUCUCUCGAGGUAAUGAUGACUAUUAUUGUCCAUGGAUAUGACAGGAAUAUUUUACAAAUUUGUAAUUAUUAUGAAAUAAAGCAUUUUGUAAAUUUA